AGAGAGAGAGAAAAGACCGAGAGCCUAACUGAAAACCUACCUCUAUCGGAACCUACUUCACUGCUCUGUCUUCAGCUAGUUGAGCACUGGAUUUAGCACAAGGACAGAAGCACAGCAACGGUGAACGCCACAACGAUGGAUACUUCUAACUUUGAGGCGAACAGACCACCAGAAACGAGACGAUGGCCAACGAAACACCACGUGCAGCCACCGGAUUAACCCCAGAGCAGGAGAAAGACACUCCCACUGAAGGACUCCAUGUGCUUCCCCCGUAGACCACCAGAGGAGAAAAGACAGAGAGAAGACAUCGGAGUUGCAAGCAACCCAGAUCCGAGACCAAGAGGCCUCCCCGAUGAACCACACGCUGCCAAAAGGAGAAACUCGACGAGGUCUAUAAAAAAUCUCCCAGACAAAGUUGCCGGAGCAAAACUGGAGGUAGCUACAACGAGUAGCGUCCGCCAUCCUCUAGCAUCACUACCCUCACCGGGAACAACACAAAUCUACUCCAUAGACACCGGAUCUGAACCGGUAGAGAAUCACAGAGCUUCACCUCCGCUGACACAGAGAAGACCAUGGAGAUGACAGAGAAAAGCGGAGAAAAACAUAAGGAAGGCUCCGGCGACCAGAAAAAGACAUUGCGGCCACCCGAGUAGGAGGCAAAAUAGCCGGAGGGGAAUAGUAAGUAGAGGGAAGGAAGAUGAUAUGUUUUUUGGAGAGGGAGUGGUUUCUUUAAACUUGUUUUCUGUGAAUACACUUGGGGACAUUAUCCUCUUCAUCUUCUACAAAAAUUUAUUUGCUGCCAAUUGUAUGGUUUGAUCAUGGGGUGGUUUCUUGGUUAAUUGUCUGAUCUUAAUGCAUAACUUUCAAAACACUAAAAGCAUAGUUGAAAUUCUCAUCAGAUAUUUGUAAGACAUGAGAGUUCGUUGAAUUCCCGAUCAGAACUUACUAGUUUCCUUUUCAAUGUUUAUUUAUUCUUCCAAGUCUGAAGGAGGGUCAUUAUAUCAGCAAGCUAAGCAUGAAAAAAUUGAGCUUUCAGACAACAUUUUGGAUAGUUUAGCAGAAUUCCAAAAACAAGUUCACGGACAGAAACACAUGUUCUGGAAAGUUUUUGUCAAGCCCGUCUUUUACCAUAUAUAGAAACGUAGAAACCCAACAUGGCCUUAUUAGUUCAACAAUUCAUUUUUUAUAUAAGAAAUGAAAAUAAAUUGGCGCAUAUACUGUUAACAAUCAUAUAUUUGACUCAUCAACUGUUGGUGGUAAGAAAAUCAUUUGCUGAUUUUCGUGAAAAUGAUGUAUACAAAGAUUUCUGUUUUGUUAUAAUAGUUUAAUUCUCUUGUGAAUGACAAAAUUUUCAUUUGUGUAGUAUGAUGUUCUUUUACUUCUAUUUCAAAUGACAUAUGAAUAGAUUCGACUAAUAUCUCCAUUUGUAUAAAAAAAUAUCAAAUUAAAAAGGGAGAAUUUGUGACAAAUGACCAGAAAAUAGAAGAAGAAAAAAACUAAAAAUUUUGAAGUUUCUGAUGUAUCCAAAUAAAACUCCCAACCUAUAUAAGAAAUGUCAAGUUUUUUUUACUUUUGUAUUUGUCUGAACUCUCAACGACCUAUAAGAAAGAGGGAAAAAAAAAACAAAAAGCAGAAUCUAAGGAGAAAAAAAUGGGAAAUGAGAUAAAGAAAAUAAAAGGUUACCUACCAAAAUCCCCCACACACGACACAGCAAAGCACAUCCUCUCUCUCACACAUAAUCACAUGUAUAUGUACCAACUCGGUCAAAAAGUCACCUCCUUUUUUAUAUAAGAGACCCAAACUCUCCGCACAUCUUGCUUUGCUCUCUGCUCUCUCUCUCUCUCUCUCUCUCUCUCUCAAAACCAUAUUAAUCCACCAUGGGAAGAUCUCCUUGUUGCGAGAAAGCCCACACAAACAAAGGAGCUUGGACCAAAGAAGAAGACCAACGUCUCAUCGACUACAUCCGUAUUCACGGCGAAGGUAGCUGGCGUUCACUUCCCAAAUCCGCAGGAUUGUUACGGUGUGGUAAAAGUUGUAGAUUGAGAUGGAUUAAUUACCUUCGUCCUGAUCUCAAACGUGGCAAUUUUUCUGAUGAAGAAGACAAAGUUAUCAUCAAACUCCAUAGCUUACUCGGCAACAAAUGGUCAUUGAUCGCGGGAAGAUUACCAGGAAGAACAGACAAUGAGAUUAAAAAUUAUUGGAAUACUCAUAUUAAGAGGAAGCUUCUUAGCCAUGGAAUCGACCCACAAACUCAUCGUCCGAUCAAAGAUUCCAUCGCCGUUGAAAACUCUUUUACCGUCAGGCCGAAGACGGAAAAUUCCUCCGGUAACGUAGCAUCCACAAGCGGCACAACGACUGAUGAGGAUAUCCGACAGAACGGUGAUUGUUAUUACAAUGAUAAUUCAGGAGAGAAAGAGGUUAAUCUGGACUUAACUCUUGGGUCCGGAUCAACUUCUUUAGUCAGGUCGGGUGGGAGAAGUGGAAACGGAUCAUCAGCAGAUUCAAAGCCGUGGUGGGAUCCAGUGAUGGCGGCGCGUUUGUCACUGUUGUGAUUAUUACUUCAGUUUCUUUUGUUUUAGUUUUGUUCAUAUAUAUAUUUACCUUUUAAAGGCUUUUAUUGGAAAAUUUUCACCGUUGUGGUAAGAACAAUGACUUUACCGUUCUUUCUUAGCAUUAUCAAUCGGUACGAUCAGCGCCGUGCAUAGUGUGUUA